AUUUAUUUUUUAAAAUAUGUCACCAAUGACAUAAACUCUUAUUAAUUUUUUUGUCCGAUUUUUACUUAGGGGUAGUUAAAAAUGGGUGAAAAAGAAACUGUGCUGUAUUCUCAACUGCAACCAUGGAGUACCGUGGGCGCGACACCAUGCAUGGAACAAGUAGCUGGCCCACCAAUUCCAACUCGAAUUGGAACCUACUACCAAACACCUAGGCCUCAUCCGUGGAGACCCACGCUCGGAUACGAAAAUGUAGAAGUCACCGCCCUUCCAAAGCAACCGGUGACCAAUGCCAUAAUCGACCCAUGUUACACACCUUAUGGAAUGGCAACGGAGCCCCUUAAAUUCCCCAAUUUGAUCACGGGAUUUGAAAGGAAUCCGGCCCACGCUGCCAGAGCGGCCCUGUACACCCGUUACACUUCUCUGGAAUGGACUCAGGGCAACUUGCGUGCCUUCAACGAAGCAGACACCAACAGAAACUAUGCCGAGAGGCUGCGCUCCGAUAUCGUCAGGGUCAUGAGAGAAACAGAUGAGAAAACUGCUGGCGGCCAGAGGGAAUCCGGAAGAAAAUUGGGCGAGAGAAUUACCGACACGACCUUCUGGAGAAACGAAGUCAGGACGGAAUUGGAACGAAUUCUCGCCGAAUCUACUUUAUUGUCUAACAUGCGUCGAAACAUAUUCAAGGCCAUCGACGACAUUGAGGCUCCGCUACACAUUGCGCAGGAGUGCUUGUACCACAGAGAAAACCGACAAGGCAUUGAUUUGGUCCACGAUCAGGCUGAACAGGCGUUGCUGAAGGAAAUUGAAACUUGCAGGAACGCUCAAGAAAAGCUCAGAUGCUUGUUUGUCAAGAUACAGGAUCAACUAAGGAACAAUAGAGCCGCACAAUUCGAAUUGGAAACAGAUACGAAGAGCAAAGAGGCCGCGUUGGGUAUCGACAACAUGUGCCAUCAGCUCAACAACUACUCCAAAGGCAUCAACUACUAUGGUGGAAUAGAAAAAUACGAUCCGACAGUAAGUACGACGACAACUUGGGCUGAGAACAGUAACAGAAUAGUGCAGCGCAGCCAAUCGGAGCGAGGAAAAUCUGCCCAGAUGCGUUCAGAUAUCGCAAAUCUCGUAAACGAGAUCUCGUCCAGUAUCUGGGACGCCUGGAGUAACACUAACAAUGCACUGGCACGUAGGGCGGCUGAAACUUUGGAGGCUAAGAGUAAAUUGCAGAUGCACCUUCAUAAGGUCCAACAAGAGAUCUUUGACAUUGAGAAGCAUAUUGAAUUGUUGAAGAAAUCAAUAAUGGAUAAGAGUAAUCCUAUGAAGGUGGCUCACACUAGAUUAGAGGCCAGAACACACAGAAAAGAUGUGGAAUUGUGCAGGGAUAUGGCACAAGACAAACUUGUUCAAGAAGUGCAUGAUCUCCAGGAUUGCAUUGAGACUUUGCACAGGAAGUUGCAGGAAGCUGAAGCUCAACAUCAACAACUGUUGAAGACUAGAGCCAAUUUAGAGUCUGACCUGCACAACAAAGUCAACACCAUCUUCAUUGACAGAGAGAAAUGCAUGGGAAUGAGGAGAUCAUUCCCUAUUACCACCACCAUAAAAUACUAGAACCAUUUCA